AAGGAAGCCUGAAGAGGCCUGUGGGAGAAUGCUAGCUCUUUAGUCCAGCUCGCUUAUGGCUAUGGAGCUCCCCAGGAUCCUCCUUGUCAUCUCCUGCCUGUGCCUUGGUGUGGGUUCUGGCCAGUAUGCCCCAGACCUCGUCACCUCCCUGCCUGGCCUCACUACUCAGCUCAACUUCCGACAGUGGUCUGGUUACCUCCAGGCUGGUGAGAACAAGUUCUUCCACUACUGGUUUGUAGAGUCCCAGGGGGACCCCUCCUCGGACCCUCUGGUGCUCUGGCUGAAUGGUGGUCCCGGCUGUAGCUCCAUGGAGGGAAUGCUGGCUGAGAACGGGCCAUAUCGGAUAAAUGCUGAUGGAUCACUCUACCUGAACCCCCAUAGCUGGAACCUGGUGGCCAACGUUCUGUAUCUGGAGUCCCCUGCUGGGGUGGGCUACUCCUAUUCUCUCAGCCAGAACUACCAGACCAAUGACCAGCAGGUGGCAGCUGACAACUAUCAAGCACUCCUGAGCUUCUUUGAAAAGUUCCCUGCUUUUUCCGGUCAUGACUUCUAUGUCUUUGGGGAAAGCUAUGGGGGUGUGUACGUGCCUUCCCUGAGUGCAGAAAUUGUCAAGGGCCCACUUUCCAUUAACUUCAAGGGCUUUGGAGUAGGAAAUGGGAUGAGCAAUUACCAGCUGAAUGAUGACACUCUGAUAGAGUUUGGUUAUUACCAUGGCCUCAUUGGUGACGACCUCUGGGCAACCCUCAAUACCUAUUGCUGUGCUGAGAGUACCUGCAACUUCUUCAACAACACGGAGAACAACUGCUUCAGUGCGGUUCUGGAAGCUUAUGGCAUGAUUCAGGGCAUUGGCCUCAACAUCUACAACCUCUACUCACCCUGUUGGGGUGCACAUGGCUACCAGGGGCGUUAUACUGCUGACAUGAGCAACCUCUUCCGAAGUUACAAGUUCAAUGUGGCCACCCCACCUCCUGAUGGUCCCAUCCCUGGGGUGCCUGCAUGCAUCAAUGCCACUGCCAUGUACGUGUGGCUGAACCAGAAUGAUGUGAGACAGGCCCUCCACAUUCCCAACUCCCUCCCUGCCUGGGAACUGUGCAGCCCCCAGGUUAGCUCUCAGUACCAGAGGCAGUAUAUGGACAUGGCUCCUUUCUACCAUGAGCUGCUGCAGUACGACCUCCGCGCCCUUGUCUACAAUGGUGACGUUGACAUGGCUUGCAACUUCCUAGGCGGGGAGAGGUUCGUGGAGGCCCUGAACCAGCCGAUGGUGAGCCCCUAUCAGCCUUGGUACUGGAACAAGCAGGUUGCUGGCUUCGUUAAAGAGUACGAGAAGAUUUCAUUCCUCACCGUCAAGGGCUCAGGACACAUGGUGCCCCAAUAUCGACCUGCUCAGGCUCUGAAGAUGUUCGAGAGCUUCCUAAAGAACACCUCCUUCUAGUGAUCUGCUCAGCUGCCGAUGUUUCUAUGUUUUUAUUGCCAGCAUGGAAAUAACAAGAUUGAUUAUUCUAUAUCAUCUACAGUUUAUGAAAAAGAAAUAAUUCCCUGGAGUGGAUUCUCUUCAAGAACCAUUUAUUCAGUAUUUACAGAAGUUCUAUUAUGUGCCAAACACCAGGCUGGGCAGAUUACUAAGUAUUAAACACUCUGAAGUACGAGUAAACUUGUCGAGAUGCUUUCUUUAUUUGAACCUGAAGUUCGCUUUGUCCUUUCUUUCUCCAUCGUUCACUACUCCACACACCAAAGGCCACAUGGCUACAAACACAAAUAAGGGCAUAUCCCCACUCUCCAGCCAGUGACUAAGGUUAAUCAGGCUCAGA